CUGUAUCUUGUUGGAGGAUCUUUUGGACUACGUGAAUUUGCUCAAAUAAGAUACGAUGUCCACAAACUGCAUGGCAAGGUUGAUCCAGCUUUGAAAGAAAAAUUAAAACAGAACACUGUGACGCUGGAAUCUGAAUAUGAGAAGCUGGAGAAGUCUGAUUUGAAUAACUGGGAGAACAUCAGAGGACCCCGUCUGUGGGAAGAUUCCAGGACUGUUCAGAAGCAACGGCGGGAGGCUAUCCGUCUCAAGACAGAGUGACUGAGCAAGCCUACUUUGGUGCCUCUGCAGGAAGAAAACAAAAAGUCUCAGGCUGGACUGUCUUAUUUUUUGAUGCAGUGUCAGGAACAGACAUGGGAGGGGGGAAUUGCACUAAGCAAUUCAUGACGGUGUAUAUAUAAGUAACUGUGAGAUCAGUCCAAAAGGCACUGUAUUACAUGAAGCUCUUUGUUUGCAUCCAUUUGCACAGAGUUCCACAGGCUGUAUAUAUGAAUUCUCAAUUAAAAAAAUAGCUGAUUAUUCUAC